UCUACAGUGCGAAAUUUGGAGCUUGUUCGUCUCGUGAUGGCUUUGUCUAUCGUGCUGAUUGUUCUCCUAGCGUCCUGCGUGUUUACUUAUGGCCAAGUUCAUAGAGUUGUGAAACGGGUAGGUUCUAGAGAAUCAGAUUCUGGUGAAGUUGGGGCCCAAUCUGCCGAACAAAGCGAAGAGAGGACAAUAGAGUACGCAGAGAACGUCCUGCCGACCACCACAUGCGAGCCGGAAACCACCACCGAGUUUCCCACUUGUAACGUACACGACAAAUGUGGCUUCCAACAGUACGCAGAGUGGACGAGAUACCCCGUCGGAGACUUUAUCAAAUACUGUGAUUGUCCGGAGGAUAUGGAAUGCCGACGAUCUGGUGAACACAUGUCGCAAAGAUUCUUCUAUUACAAGUGCGCCAACAUUACGAAUACUGACGAGUCUUCAGCUGAAGAAACAGAAGUCACCACCCCCUCGACAGCCUCCGGAGGGAAAGGAGUAGAAGCUCAACUGCACGACGAUUUAUAA